AUGUUCCUCUCCAUCCUGACCGCCCUGUGCCUGUGGCUGCGCCUGGCGCUGGGCGUGCGCGGCGCGCCCUGCGAGGCGGUGCGCAUCCCCAUGUGCCGACACAUGCCCUGGAACAUCACGCGGAUGCCCAAUCACCUGCACCACAGCACGCAGGAGAACGCCAUCCUGGCCAUCGAGCAGUACGAGGAGCUGGUGGACGUGAACUGCAGCGCGGUGCUGCGCUUCUUCCUCUGUGCCAUGUACGCGCCCAUCUGCACCCUGGAGUUCCUGCACGACCCCAUUAAGCCAUGCAAGUCGGUGUGCCAGCGCGCGCGUGACGACUGCGAGCCCCUCAUGAAGAUGUACAACCACAGCUGGCCGGAGAGCCUGGCCUGCGAUGAGCUGCCUGUCUACGACCGGGGCGUGUGCAUCUCGCCGGAGGCCAUCGUCACUGACCUCCCUGACGACGUUAAGUGGAUAGACAUCACUCCAGACAUGAUGGUACAGGAAAGGCCUCUUGACAUUGACUGUAAACGCCUAAGCCCGGACCGGUGCAAGUGCAAAAAGGUGAAGCCAACCCUGGCGACGUAUCUGAGCAAAAACUACAGUUACGUCAUUCAUGCAAAAAUAAAAGCCGUGCAGAGGAGUGGCUGUAAUGAAGUAACGACAGUGGUGGACGUGAAAGAGAUCUUCAAGUCCUCAUCACCCAUCCCUCGGACUCAAGUCCCUCUUAUUACAAAUUCUUCCUGCCAGUGUCCACACAUCCUGCCUCAUCAAGAUGUUCUCAUCAUGUGUUACGAGUGGCGCUCACGGAUGAUGCUUCUUGAAAAUUGUUUAGUUGAAAAAUGGAGAGACCAACUCAGUAAAAGAUCCAUACAGUGGGAAGAGAGGCUGCAGGAGCAGCAGAGGACAGCCCAGGACAAGAAGCGGACAGCAGGGCGCACCAGUCGCAGCAACGCCCCGAAGCCCAAGGGGAAGUCAGCUGCUCCCAAACCGGCCAUCCCCAAGAAGAACAUCAAGGCUAGGAGUGCUCCGAAGAGCACAAACCCAAAACGAGCGUGA